CUGCCGAUCUGCUUCUCUGUCCAGUCACUGUCCACACACAUUUGUACCUCUCCGCACUGUGCUUGCUCUAGCUCGCUCCUGAAUCUGCUCCACAGCCCACAGCUCAAGCAGAGCCUGAAGAAAACAUCAGUGGUGCGCGUGCCUGCGAGAGAGAUCAUCCAUGGAGAACCACAAGGAGGGUCAGGGGGCGAACGCGUGGAUGACGGUGCCGGCGUUCGGGGACUGGGACAUGAAGAACGGCGCCAUGCCGGACUACUCCAUGGACUUCUCCAAGAUCCGGGAGAUGCGCAAGCAGAACAAGAAGGAGCUCUCCCGCGCCAGCCUCGGCGGCGACGACGACAUCCUCGCCCACCACCAACAGCACCAGCACCAGCAGCAGAAGCCCGCCAAGGCGCCCACCAAGCUCGGCGGUACGGCCAACGACCACCGCCGCCAGCCCCUCCACGGCCGCGACGACUCACCCACGGUCAAACUCGUAUUCCAAGGACGGUGGAACAGAGCAUUUGAAUCCUAUGUUAACUACACACAUGUUUUCCUGUGCUAAGUAACUCAAAGAAGGGCUAGGAAAAGGACGAACAAACAGGUGUACAUGUUGAUAGCUAUUCAUCUGCAGCUCUACAUUUGCCUGAUGACUCUUCUUGAGUUCUAGUAGUAAGUGCAGAACUUGUUGUGAUAAAUAAAGUAAAGGAAAGAAGUACAUGCACCGAAAAGUGGAACAGCCUUUGUGACAGCCGAGUAGUACUUCCUGAUAAUCAUGUUUAGAUGAUUAUGGUUGGCCCUGAUACAAGUUUAUGUCCCUGUCUGUCUAUCUGCAUCGACAGUGGAGUCGGUUCAACCGAUACAGGUUGGUCCAGCCGGAGCCAUAGCACCGGCCAUUCCACCUUUUGCAUGUAGUGCUUUGUUGCAACUGUCAGCUGAUUGGCAAGGAAAACAUCUUAUUUUCUUAA